AUGAUGAUAAGUUUGUUGGACCUGAGCCUACUCCCGAGCAAAGCAGCUGUACGCGAGAUUAUUGUCACUGGUUUGGCUGAUCCUGAAUCCAAAAUCCGUGUAGUCAGUGCCUACGUUGUUUCUCGCAUUGCACAUGACGAUUUCCCCGAAGACUGGCCCAACUUGUUUGAUAUUCUGUUGAGCUACCUUAAAUCCAACAGCUCUGAAAGUGUCCAUGGUGCUAUGCAUGUCUUGUUAGAAAUGGUCAAGAGAGACAUCAGUAUUCAACAAUUACCUCAGAUCGGUCCUGUAUUAGUGCCUGAAAUGUACCGCAUCUUGACUUCAGAUAACGUGUAUUCCUUCAGUACCCGUGGAAGAGCAGUCAACAUCUUGACAAGUUGUAUUGAAAUGUUAUCUACAUUACGUGAAGAAAACCCUGCUUUAGCAGAGCAAUUCAUUGCACCAAUUAUUCCUCAAUGGAUGGAAGCAUUCAAUGUGAUCCUUAAUCACCAUGUUCAAAAUGACGCAGAGAAAGCAACUGAAGAAUACGGUCUCAAGAUGAAGGUUGUCAAAUGUAUUUGUACUAUCAAUGCUGAAUUCCCCAAAUACAUCUCCCCUUCUCUUCCUCAGAUCUUUGAACCUAUUUGGAUGGAUUUAUACAACUUGCGUGAACGUUAUGUUCAAGAAUUUGUCAGUGAAUCAGGCGAUAUUGGAGAGACCUUUCAGGAUUCUGAGGGUAAUGAAAUUGGUUUUCAAAACUUGUUGUAUGUCUUGUUUGAUUUCAUUUCAGCUGCAUGUAAGAAAAAGACAGUCAGAGACUUAUUUGUGAAUGCUGAAGGUGCUGCCACUGGCUUCUUUGAACAAUUACUGUAUGUUUAUCUUGUGUAUAUGCAAAUCACGCAAGAACAGAUUGAAAUGUGGUCUAAUGACGCAAACCAAUUUGUGGCUGAUGAAGAAGACGGUACUUUUACGUUUAAUGCCCGUGUUGCUUCCAUUGAUGUCCUCUUGUCUUUGCAAGAAACAUUCCCUGUGCCUUUCUUCAAUGCAUUGACGGCUGCUGUUCAACGUCACGUUGCUGAAUCUGUUGAGGCUCGUAAGGCAGGUAAUGCAGACUGGUGGAAGAUUCAAGAAUCUUGUUUGUUGGCUGUGGGUCGUGUGUCUGAAGAAUUGAUGGAUGCUUUGGCUGAUGAAAACAAGACGGUUCAAUUUGAUUUAAAGAGCAUGUUUGAUCAUGUUGUUUUAGAAGACAUGAAGGCUAAUGAAUAUCCAUUCUUACAAGGCCGUGCUUUUGUCUUUGCUUCUGAGUUCGCAAAGAUUUUGCCUAAUGAUAUGUCAAGUCAAUAUGUUGCUGUUGCUGUCCAAGCAUUACAAGCUCCCAGCAGCGGUAUUCCUGUCAAGAUUUCUGCCUUGAGAGCCUUAGAUAACUACUGUAAAUACUUGAACCCCGAUCAUGUCACUCCCUAUCAAGUCAAUAUCAUGGAGGGUACAUGCCAACUCUUGCCUAUGGCUACUGAAGAAUCUCUCAUGUUAUUACUGGAUACCUUGGCUUCAGCUGUCAAGAUCAACCAAGAAGUGACUGCACGCUAUGAGCAUAUCUUGACACCUGCCAUCUUGCAAAUCUGGCAAAAGUAUGCUACAGACUCUAUCAUUACCAGCUAUAUUCUUGAUCUAUUUGAAGAGUUUGCUAAAAACACAUUUUACUAUGCUGCUUUAUGCAAGACUGCUCUUCCUUUUGUCAAUCAAGUCUUUUCUACACCCAACACAGACCCUGUUGUACAUGCUUCUGCUGUUGAUUUACUGACAGCCAUGGCUGCUUAUGGACCUUCUCCUUUACCUGAGGAAUUCACAGAACAAAUGUUCCCUGGAUUAAUGCAAUUGACCUGGAGUGUACCUGACAUUGAUUUACUUCAAAGUGCUCAAGAAUGUCUCAAGACAUUGAUCAGUAAAGACGCUGACCAUAUUAUGCGAUGGCGCGAUCCUUCAGGCAAAUCAGGCUUAGAUUACAUUAUUCACUUUAUUGCCAAAUUAUUAGAACCUACUGGCUCUGAUUCAGAUGCUAUCUUUGUCGGUGAUCUGAUUGUUACUCUAAUUCAAAAGGUGGGUCAUGGCAUUGCGCCUGUCUUGCCUGACCUCUUGACGGCCGUCUUGGGUCGCUUGAUGAACACAGACUAUCAACCUUUUAUUCAAUCGCUUGUGAUGGUCUUUGCUCACCUUAUUAUUUCUCAACAAGAGACUGUUUUCCAGUUCCUGUGUGAUGCACAAAUCAAUGGCAAGAGUGGACUAGAAGUCCUAAUGACCACUUGGUGUGAUAAUUAUGAUAGUUUCUCGGGCUAUUAUACCAUGAAAGUCAGUGCUAUUGCUUUGUCCAAGAUCUUUGCUUCGAAUGAUCCUCGACUUGCUAAUAUUACUGUUAAGGGUGAUAUUGUUGUAAACCCUAAUGCUGGUAUUGUGACACGUUCAAGAGCAAAGAGAAAUCCUGAUCAAUACACGGCUAUUCCAUUGACUGCCAAGAUCAUUAAGCUUUUAGUUGCUGAUGCUACCACGGCUUAUAUGAACGAACAAGCUCCAGCUGAAGAUGCUGAGUCUGUGGAUGAUGAAGGAGGUGAUUGGGAAGAUGUGGAUGAUGAGCCUUUCUCUACUCGUAUUAAUCUUUUGUCUGACAUGUUGGCUCAAGUGAACGAUAAUGACGAUGAAGAAGACAACCCAGAAUUAAAGAAUGAUCCCAUCUACCAAACAGACAUGAAGGCUUAUUUGACUGAAUUCUUCCGUAAUUGCAAUACACAUAAUAUCAACCACUUUCAUGAAAUCUGUCAAACUCAGCUCAAUCUUGAAGAAAAGCAAACAUUGGAAUAUGUUCUUCGUCAAUAA